AUGAAUUCUAAAAAUCCAAGAAGAGCUCAUUAAAAUAAUGAUUCAAAUUUCUUAGAAUGGGCAAGGAAAGAGAAAUAUACAAAUUGUAUAUAAUAGGAAAUGAAGGAUUAUUAUCUGAAGUAUAUUUAUUAUUCAUAGAUAGGUUAAAGGAAGGAAUGAUAACUUAUAUUACUGAGUAGGCCUAAAAAUUUAUGACAAGGCCAUUGAAAUCAGAAUUACUAUGUUCUUCAAAAAUUAGUUGUAUCUGA